GAGGAGAAGCGAAGCGAGGAAGGUCAAGCCGGGGAGGGCACGCACGCACAGAUCCCUCCCCUCUCCUCGCUGCCCAUCUCUCUCUCUCUCUUCCCCUCGACGCGGCGAGAUCAGGAGGAGGAGGAGGAGAGGGGGGAAGGGAGGAAGGGAGGCUGAGAUCCCGAGGCCCCCCACCGGAGACGGCGAAUCCUGGUCCGGCGCCUGGUUUGCCCCCGGAUUCGGGAGGAGUUUCCGUUCGGGGUCGAGGGAUUUCGGGGGCGCGCGCAGCCAUGAACGAGAAGGCCUCCGUCUCCAAGGAGCUCAACGCCAAGCACAAGAAGAUAUUGGAAGGCCUCCUGCGGCUGCCUGAGAAUAGAGAAUGUGCAGACUGCAAGUCAAAGGGUCCUCGAUGGGCAAGUGUAAAUCUUGGGAUCUUUAUAUGCAUGCAGUGUUCUGGAAUUCAUAGAAGCCUCGGGGUACAUAUAUCUAAGGUAAGAUCGGCUACCCUGGAUACAUGGCUGCCAGAGCAAGUUGCAUUUAUUCAAUCAAUGGGGAAUGAAAAGUCAAAUAGCUACUGGGAAGCGGAGCUGCCCCCUAACUAUGAUAGGGUUGGGAUAGAGAACUUCAUCCGUGCAAAAUACGAGGACAAGAGAUGGAUACCGAGGAAUGGGUCAUCAAGACCAUCAUCUGGUGCUAGAGAUGAGAAGAGCUCAGAGUCACAAACUAGUGUUAACAGGGGUGGCCAUAAUCAAAGAUCUUCAUUUGAGCAACACCGCACUUCACCAGCUGCAGUGAGCAAAAUUGCUCCAGUGGUUUCUAGGACGCCCACCCAGGCACCACAUCAGCCAAAAGCACAACCAUCAGUUCCCAAGGUUUCACCUCCUCAACCCGAGAAAUCACCUCCUAAUGCAACACCACCAAAGGUUGAGAGGCCAUCAGUUGCACCACCUCCUAAGGUUGACUAUGCAACUGAUCUCUUCAACAUGUUAUCAAUGGAUGGAACAACCGAGAAAGAAGCAGAGUCAUCUUCUAAUGAUGAUAGUGCAUGGGAGGGCUUCCAGUCUGCAGAGCCAGUACCUAGCUCAGACAAAAAGGAUUCUGCUAAGCCAGUAGAAAGUAAGCCCCAGUCUACAUCAGGCAUAGAGGACUUGUUUAAAGAUUCACCAGCUGUGACAGUAUCCUCAGCUCCAGCUGCCCCACAAGUAAAUGUGAAGAAUGAUAUCAUGAGUCUGUUUGAGAAGUCCAGUAUGGUUUCGCCAUAUGCUGUCCAGCAGCAGCAACUUGCUUUUAUGACCCCCCAGCAGCUUGCACUUCUGUCUCAGCAGCAAGCUUUACUAAUGGCUGCUCUUAAAGCUGGAAAUGCACCCCAAAUGAUUCCAGGGAACGCCAGUCUGCUAAAUGGUAAUGGUUCUAAUCCUGCCAAUGGAGGCUUGCCUUCACAAAGCUGGACAAAUCUUGCUUAUCAGAAUCCUGGGUUGGCUCCAGUAGCAGCACAGAAUGGUGCCACCAAGGUUGCGAACAACAAUCAGGAAUUCUCUUUUGGGAAUUUCAAUUUUAGUACACCUGGAGCAUACAACACUAGCUCAUCUGUCCCAGCAAAUGGGGCCGCAAGUGCAGCUGCUAACAAGAGCACAUCCCCGACCUCUUCUUCCCUCCCCUCUCAAUCAGGCAAAGAAUAUGAUUUUUCAUCAUUAACUCAAGGACUGUUCUCCAAGCGAUGAACACUUGCUAUACUUGGAAAUUAAACAAAUGGGCCUGUAUGCAACGAUGGACACAGCAGAUUUUAUUAGGGGGAACCGGGGGCCUUGUACACUCUUUUAUGAGGCAGCAUUUCUUCUUGUGGAUAUUACGACACCUUGUAGCUGUCCUGGACAAAUAAGAGGAAGAAUAUAGCAGCUAAUUGCAUAUGUUGUUUCCUACAGCUGAAGAGAGUCGAUAUUGUUCAUGAUGCCGAUCUCUUUGAAUAGAGGACGCCUUGUGGCUUUGUUGGACUUACAUUUAUAAGAGCAUAAUGCAACUAUUUUAUUCUCUUUGUUCAUGACAUAGUUACAAUACGUGACGCCGAUUAUUUUCUACUGUACCAUACUUGGAUUUUGUUAUUCACAAAACAUUUGAUUGUAUUAUUAUGCCAAGUGAGCUAUUACACGCACUGAACCAAACUUAAUUCC